CGCAGUGACAGUAACGUUGUGUGGUUACGCUGUGGACUUACCGAUACAUCCGUUAGACAUUCUAGUGGCCAAGAUGACGGUGGAAGUGUGUACACGGGUGGGUGUGCGGGUGUCAGCUACCCCUGGGGCUAUGAAGGACGAGUCUCAGCCUGGAGGUGGAACAUCUCCAGCCCACGAGACUUCAGAGGCGCCCACGCCGAGGCCAAAGUUUAUGAUCACAGACAUCCUCGCUCAACACAAGCCACCCACUCCAGCCCACAGCGAGUGCUCUGCACCGCCCACGCCUACCAUUGAAGAACCGAAGGACCUGAGCCUCACACGCCCACAUCCCGAAGACGAAGACAUAGAUCUCGAGGGCGACGCCAGUCAUGACGAGGACGACCCCGAUAGCCAUGAGACAGAGAACAAUGAGGGAUGCUCCGACGGCUCCGGGCCCCCGCCGCUCAAGAAGCAGCGCAAAGCCCGCACCGCCUUCACAGACAACCAGCUGCAGACGCUGGAGAAGAGCUUCGAGCGGCAGAAGUACCUGAGCGUGCAGGACCGCAUGGAGCUGGCGGCCAAGCUCAACCUCACCGACACGCAGGUCAAGACGUGGUACCAGAACAGAAGGACAAAGUGGAAGCGCCAGACAGCCGUAGGCCUGGAAUUGCUUGCCGAGGCUGGCAACUACGCCGCCGUACAGCGUCUCUACAGCGCCCCGUACGGGUGGCCGUACCCGCCCCAGCCGUCCUCAGCCGCCGCCGCCGCCGCUGCCGCCGCCGCGCUCAGCCCCGCCGCCGCCUCCGUGGACCUGUAUUACCGCCAAGCCGCCGCCGCCGCCGCCCUCCAGAAGCCCUUGGCCUAUCGCCUGUACCCGCCCGGCCUGCCCAUCCUGCCGCCCGUGCCCGCCUCGGACCCCCUGCGCGACGCCCUCAGACCCGAGGCGCUCAGACCGGAAGCCAUCAGACCCGAAGCGAUCCGCCCUGAGCUCCGCCACGACGCCCUCCGACACGAGAUCCUGCGCCAGGACCUCCGCUCCGAAACCCUGCGGCCGGAGGCUCUGCGACCGGACGUCCUGCGGUCCCUGGCCUGCUCCAUGUCCGGCGGCUCGACCCUGGCCGGCUCCUCCCUCACCGUCACGGCCUCCCUGCCCUCCUCGCCCCUCACCUCCCCCCUCUCCUCUUCGGCCUCCCCCUCCCCCCUCUCCUCGGGGCCCCUCGCCGCCCCCUCCUUGCCGCCUUACUACCGGGCGGAGGCCACGUCGCAGGUGUAGCCCGGCCGCCCUUGCGAAGCCUCGCCACUUGCCUCGCCCGCCCAUCCCGCCGAGGAAGCGGCCGCGCCCUCCGCCUCCUCAUCCUCCUCAUGAUAAAACACAUUCCACAAAGCUCAGUCAUUUCAUCCCGAUCAUUCCCCACACAUUCACCGAGGCGAUGUAAUGGUAUGUAAAUAUAUGUGUUAAUCCCAGUGUUCAUUGUACAUAGGAGUGUUCAUAUCUUGAAAUCACCGACACACACGCGCCAUGAGAGUGCGUUAACCCCUCUCUCUAUGUUUCCCCACAUUUUUAAAAAAAGAAGAAACAAUAAACUCAAAAAAAAAAAAGGCCGAGAACAAGUUUUUAAAAUUUCUAAAAAGACAUGACGCACGCACUCGUGUUAUCCAGUGACCCUAAUUUUCUGUAGAAUGUGUAAUAUUUGAUAUGCAAAAAAAACGGACUUGUAAGGCACCUAAAAUAGACAGCGAAGAGGCAUAGGGCGUAGAUGCCUUGUCACUUGGAUCUGUCUGGGUGCCAACUAAUCAACAAAUCUGACAAGAUACUGGUGUUUGCUAUCUAUUAUGAUUUUGUAAAAUUGUUGUACAAAGAUAUUGGCCAUUAAUUGUGAUAUUAUUAUUUAGUUUAUAUCAUGGUCUAUUAUAUGUGUAUAUAGCUAAUUUAAUUUUGGUUCGCAGACUGUUUAUAGCCAUAUUGGCCCAUGUUUACAAAUAUAUAGUGACAAUGCCUAACGAUGUACCCGUUCAGUGCGAUACAUUGGCGACAGGAAAACCAUGUAUUUUGCUGUAAAUUUAUCAAUAAAAGGAAGUACUGGCA